AUGGAGCCACCGCCCCCACCACACGUCAGCACGGCGGGGGACCUGGUCGAGUCGGCCAAGCGGGCGGCGGGCCGCAAGGCGGUCGAGGAGCACCUGCUGCCGUCGUACACGCGGAUCGGGAUCGGGUCCGGGUCGACGAUCAAGUACGUGGUGGAGGCGAUCGCGGACCUGCCGCGGGCGCAGACGGACCGUAUGAAGUUCGUGCCGACGGGCAUCCAGUCGCGGGACCUGAUCCGACAGGCGCGCCUGCCCCUGCUGGCCAUUGAUGACAUGGUCAUGGAGGCCGAGUACGAGGAGGGCCAGCAAUACCUCGACGUGUGCUUCGACGGCGCCGACGAGGUCGACCUCGAGCUGAACCUCAUCAAGGGCGGCGGUGGCUGCCACUACCAGGAGAAGCUGGUCGCCGUGUCGAGUAAGAAGUUUGUCUGUGUUGCUGACUACCGCAAAAAGGUUGACCGCCUCCUGACCAACUGGGUCGGCGUGCCGAUCGAGGUGCAGCCCCUCUUCACAGAACGUGUGCGACGACAGCUCAUCACCAUGGGCAGCAUCAAGCCUUUCAUCAGGUCCGGUCUCCCUGGCAAGGCCGGGCCGAUCGUGACGGACAACGGGAACCACAUCAUCGACGCCCCCUUCCCGCCGCUCCUGCUGAACAGCGAGAAGCACCUGCAGGACGCGUCCAAGGGCCUGUGGACGGUGGUCGAGCUGGCGGCGCGGCUUAAGAACAUGCAGGGUGUGCUGGAGACGGGCAUCUUCUCGGGGCUCAAUGGCCCCGACUCGAGGGCGAUGCUCAUGGAUGCUGAGAAGCCCAUUAUAGUGUACUUUGGUAUGGCGGACGGAAGCGUCGAGACGAGAGCGGCUCAAAAGUAG